AUGCAAGCACAUAACCUGCUGUCGAGGAACACUAACGAUAUCAGAAGAAAUAACAAUCAAGCACAACUCAAUGAUGGCACUAGUUCGGUUGGUCGUCCUUCGUUAAUUAUUUCAAGGAAGCAAGUCGAGUAUUUGAUGGAUUGCAAUUUCACAGUCAAAGAGAUGAGUGACAUACUCGGCGUAUCCAAAAGAACAGUUGAAAGAAGAACGAGUCAAUAUGAGCUAACAAACAUGAAUAGGUUCACUGCAAUAAAUGAUGAGCGAUUGGAUGCCAUAGUGAGUGAAAUCAAAAGCUCGUCACCGGAUUGUGGUUCCAAAUUAUUAUCUGGAUAUCUUCGAGCAAGAAAUAUCCAUGUUCAAAGAAGGCGUGUUAGGGAAUCCCUAACUAGGGUUGAUCCAUUGGGUAUUCAAGCUCGGCGUUGUAGAACAGUUCAUCGAAGGGUCUAUAAUGUUUCACGUCCUCUUGCUUUAUGGCACUUUGACGGAAAUCAUAAACUAAUACGCUGGCGCUUGGUUGUGCACGGAUGUGUUGACGGGUAUACCCGCAUACCUGUGUACUUAAAGUGCAGCAACAACAAUAAGGCGAACACUGUUCUAGCACUUUUUGUAAAGGCUGUAGAUGAUUGGGGCCUCCCAUCAAGAGUGCGAUGUGACAAGGGAGGAGAGAAUGUCGAUGUUGCUCGUUAUAUGAUUAAUCAUCCGAUGCGAGGGCUAGAUCGUGGGUCUGCAAUAACUGGCAAAAGUGUACACAAUCAGCGGAUAGAGCGGCUGUGGCGUGAUGUCUUUCAGGGAGUGUUGAAACCGUUUUACAUUCUUUUCUAUUUAAUGGAAGAUUAUGGCAUACUAGAUCCUUGCGACGAAACUGACCUAUGGUGUCUUCAUUAUGUAUUUUUGAAGGAAAUAAAUGAUUGUUUAUCUCGUUGGGUUGAAGCAUGGAUACGACAUCCACUAAGAACUGAGCACAAUCGAAGCCCUUUGCAGCUUUGGAUCACUGGCAUGCGUUGGAGUAGUAUAAAUGUCCCUCAACCAGACAGCAAUAACUGGGACCUUUUUGGUAUUGAUUGGACUGGUCCUAUACCCAUGGGGGAUGAAGCCAUUGCAACUACACUGGAAGUCCCGGAAACAGUAUUUCCAGUGGCCGAUGAAAUGAGAAUUGAGUUGAAUGAAACUUUAUCCGAAAUAAGCAGCCAUCACGGAGAUGACAUUAUGGAACAAUAUUACGUUGUACGAAAUUGCGUUAGAGCAAUAAUUUCAGAACAACGUGGACAAACAACAUAG